UCUGCACGCAGGGGACAAAUGUUGGGGGUGCAUGGAGUCACGACGCACGACGCAACACAGUUCGUCAUGACCCUGAAGUGAAUCACGAUGGGAUUUCUUUAGUGACGUGAAAUUUAGGUUGGAAGCAAUUAGAGGUGGCUCGUGCGCUGCAUAUUCACCGACAUCUGUAGCUGUUUUUUGCGCCACCUUUCAUCACCUCUUUUUUCCUUUUCCCUUGUUUUUCUUUUUGUUUUUAUUUGCGUUUAAUUUUAAAUGUCGCAGGUUUCAUCCAAACCGCAUCCUGAACUUCUCUAACUGUCUUGUGCAGUGCUGUUUUUUUUUUCUUUAUCCUUCCACUGAGUGAAGAGCGUAGCUGCGCGCUGCUGACCGAGUGCGCACAGUGUUAGUGGAUGUCUGUGCGGAGACGCCGCUUCAUGGCUCGUGCACCUGUGGACACCUAAGGACAAUAAAAGAAAAAAAAAGACGGAGGAAGCCUUAUGCGUUUCAUUUCUGCACACUCGGGUCGAUUUAUUUUUAGAGGCUCUCCCGUAAAGCGUAAAGUGGCGAGUAGCUGAUGCACGGCUGGAUUUCCAGCUGUCUGAGAGCGCUGGUCAGUUUCAGCACCACAUUGGCUCUGAACAGCUCCCGCCGUCGCGUGUGGAUGGGCUCUGUCGGUCUCCGUGUCUCCUGCAGCUCCUAACAACCGACAACGAUGGCAUCACACGGUUUCUGGUCUCUCGGUGGAGAUAAUGCGGCGGCCAGUACCGGGAGUCAAAGCCCCAGCACGCCCAGGGCUUGGUGCCAAGCGGCGGCCCAGAAAUUAUCCGGAGGAAUUGGAUCUAAAUUAUGUGCGCUGCUUAAUGUCGGGGAAGUGGAGAAACCCGCCGAGCCGGCCGCCAAGCAGCCGCCGCAGACCACCGCCGGAACCUGCGGCUGCAACAAAUCCUGCAACUGCACCAAAGCUGAUGUGGGCUUCACUGACCUUUAUUCAACAGACCUGUUACCUGCCAUGGAUGGUGACACCAAAACAAUGACCUUCCUGCAAGAGGUUGUGGAUAUUCUGCUGGCUUACAUUGUGGAGUCUUUCGACCGGGAAACGAAAGUCAUUGAUUUUCAUUAUCCAAACGAGCUGCUUCAAAUGAACAACUGGGAGCUGCAGGACGAGCCGGCCACUCUGGAUGAUAUCUUGAUCAGCUGUCGCGCUACUCUGAAAUACGCCAUAAAAACGGCCCACCCCAGGUACUUCAAUCAGCUCUCCACAGGAUUAGAUAUGGUUGGACUGGCAGCCGAUUGGCUAACAUCCACCGCCAACACCAACAUGUUCACCUAUGAGGUGGCUCCUGUCUUUGUGCUGCUGGAAUACGUCACUCUGAAGAAGAUGAGGGAGAUCAUUGGCUGGCCAACCGGGCGAGGAGAUGGCAUUUUUUCACCUGGUGGUGCAAUUUCUAAUAUGUAUGCCAUGCUGCUGGCGCGCUUCAAGAUGUUCCCAGAGGUGAAAGAGAAAGGCAUGUCAUCUGUCCCCAGACUGGCAGCCUUCACAUCAGAACAUAGCCACUUUUCCAUCAAAAAAGGAGCAGCUGCUCUUGGUAUCGGGACUGAAAGCGUGAUCUGCAUCAAAGCAGAUGAAUGCGGUAAAAUGAUCCCAGCUGACCUUGAAAGGAGAAUACUAGAGGCGAAACAGAAGGGUUUUGUUCCUUUCUUUGUCAGCGCUACUGCUGGGACAACAGUGUACGGAGCCUUUGACCCACUCAUUGCCAUCUCUGAUAUCUGCAAGAAGUACAACAUCUGGAUGCAUGUGGACGGUGCGUGGGGAGGAAGCCUGCUCAUGUCCAGGAGACAUAGGUGGAAGCUGGACGGAGUUGACAGGGCCAACUCUGUAACAUGGAACCCGCACAAAAUGAUGUCCGUGCCCCUGCAGUGUUCUGCCCUGCUGGUCAGAGAGGAGGGUCUGAUGCAGAACUGCAACCAGAUGCACGCCUGCUACCUGUUCCAGCAGGACAAACACUACGACCUGUCCUACGACACCGGAGACAAAGCGCUGCAGUGUGGACGCCAUGUGGACAUCUUCAAGCUGUGGCUCAUGUGGAGAGCUAAGGGAACUAUUGGCUUCGAGGCUCAGAUUGACAAGUGUUUGGAGCUGUCGGAGUACCUCUACAACAAGAUCAAAGACAGAGAAGGAUACGAGAUGGUCUUUGAUGGGAAACCUCAGCACACCAAUGUCUGCUUCUGGUACCUCCCCCCUGGGAUCCGCUACAUGGAGGACAAAGAGGAGAAAAAGAAACACUUGCACAAGGUGGCUCCAGUGAUAAAAGCCCGGAUGAUGGAGUACGGGACAACCAUGGUAAGCUACCAACCACAAGGGGACAAGGUCAAUUUCUUCCGCAUGGUGAUCUCAAAUCCUGCUGCUACCUUCGAGGACAUCGACUUUCUCAUCGAGGAGAUUGAACGACUCGGCCAUGAUCUAUAAGAUUCAUCUCACCAAAUCCUUCUGUACUUUUACGCUUGAUGGAUGAAACGUUUGUCGUGAAUGUACUGGUAAACAUUUUCUUUGCUAUCUCUUUCCCACAAAGUCACAUAUUUAAGAGUAUGUUUGAGAAAAAGAUCUACAGAUAUAUCCAUAUAUUAUGUAUUGCAGCUUUGGCAUGGACCGGCUUGGUCCAAAGCUUUGUAAAAGUGCUUCUGUCUGCCUUUCUUAUAGUGUAGUGGCUCCCAGAGUAGUGUAAGUGAUGUAACUUAUAUGUACUUUUUGUGACAUGAAAUGCUUGUGCAAUAAGUCGAUGGGAAAGAGUUUAUUUUUGGAUCAUUUCUCAUUUGCAUAAUUGUUAAGUGCCAAAUGUGGUUGUGUUAUAUUGUAACCUUAACAUUUUAAACUUCUGGUUUAAAACAAAAAUAGCACUUCACUUUACCUCAGCUUAAUUAACUGCCUUUACACCUGCACAUAGUACUUCGAGCAGUCAUUUUUGACAAAGCUUCUCUUAUCUGAUGUUGCAUAGCAGUACCAGCAGGUUUAAGACUUAUCCCAACCAAAACAGGUCAUAUUGUAGAUUACUAAACAAACUGAGAAAAGCAAACAUUCCACUAAAAUGACAAGACUGCAAAGUAAAUUCAGCAUUCUUUGUUGCUUUAAAACCAUUUUGCUCUUCGUUUUCUUUUAAGUAUGUUAAAAGUCAUUUAAAAAAAAGUUGUUGCAAAUUUGCUUGAUGCAAAUAUCAAAUUUGUGGCUGUAAAUUUAGCUUGUUAAUUCUGCAAAGCAAUUCAAAGUCAUUUUAUUAUGUGUUUGCUGCUCUAUGUAGUUCUACUGGUAAUUGUUAACUUGUGGAGUCAUUUCAUCAUAUGCAUGAGAUAAUAUAAGACUACCCUCUUUCAUUGGUGCAUUUCUCCCAAAGCUGCAACUUUGAUCAGCACACAUGCUGCAUGUAUUAAGACUCUAGGAUACCACAUGCAGGUUGUUCUGAAUUGGUUCCAAUCACUUGGUGGGUGUUUAUGCCAAAAAGCAUUUCUCAGGCUUCCAUAGUUUGUCCAUUGCACAAAGCUCCUAAAUAUCUGAGAUAACUUGCUUUUCUCUGCCCUUGGUCGCACAAGAAAAAACUCAAAGAAGCAUCUUUGAGCUUUUUGGCUCUCAAAACUUGUGUUUCCUUUAAAUUUCCUAUGUCUGUUUAGUAAAACCAGUUUACCAGCUGGGCAAACUACCAACAUGUCCCUGAUCCUGACGGGACAUCAAACCCUGCAAAUGAAAAGGAUUUUGGUAUUUCUAAUGUCAUUUGCCUACUUUUAAAGGGAAUUCUCCCUAUCACAGUCACAACAGAACCUAUCUAGCCAGGCUUCAAGCUUCAGGUUCUUGGUUGAGACAAGUUUUUUCAGACCACCUAGUGUCCUAUACUGGCAGCUACCAUUAUAGCAGUCCUUAAAUCAGGCAACAUAAAAGCUUCUUACAUGAGUUAUGCCAGAACUAAAGCAUACUUCUUAAUCAAGAGAAGGCUUUUCUGUACUGAAAUGUUUCCCAAAAAGAUCCUUCUGCUCUCCUCCUGACUGGCUUCAGCAAGAGUUUGAUUGACCAACUAGCUUUGCUGACUGUGGCUGACUUAUCUGAUUAAAGUAAGCUUCAAGUUCUGUAGUUAUUUGAAUAAAACUUCCUUUUUCCGACAACUUUCUAAUUCUGGCUUCCCAGAAUUUUCUAUAAAACAAACCAUCUAACACAUCCAGGACAGUUUCAGUGAGAACACUAGAAUCUAUAACCGGAUGUGUCGCAAAUUUUAACCAAACGUUUGGAAGAAUCUGAAAAAUAAAACACUAAUCUACACUCAUCUGCGUCUGCUGCUGUUAAGGGGUUGGUUUAUUAAGGUGAGCAGCAGGUGGUGCUAACUUUCCAAGCACAACUUUAGAAGAUGGCACAAAACGCUGUCAUUAAAGAAGAACUUAUCAAACUUUUUCUGUAAGAAAACAGUAAAUAAUGAUUAUGACAAGCCAGGUAACAAGAAGCUGAGGCUCUGGAGGAAUUUAGGUCAUGUGAUUUUUGUACUACCUUGUUUAUUUGCUAAGCCUGUAGAUUACACUUUAUGGUAUUUGACUUUUAAUCUUUAUACCAAGUUUUCCACUUCAUACGCAUAAAAACUUGAAUGUAUGCAGGAAUUAUUAAUUAAUAAGGUUGCAGCAAUUCAUGAUUUUUCCAAAUUCACAGAGUUUCCAUCCAGAG